AAAUCUGCGGUCACACUGCUCAGAUACGAGCCAACCUUUUUGGCAUAUAUUUUUUCAAAUAUUUUUGUGGCUAACAUGCAAGUGCACAGCUAGAAUUAUUAUAGAAUAGCAAAAUUGCAAACCAUUAUUGAGCUGAACACCGAUGGAUAUCCAACUGGGCGCCAUGCUGCACGUGUACAAGGGGGAGUGGGGUCUGCCGACAAUUGAUUUUGAAUGUUUACGUGCUCUGUGUCUACUGCGGUUCACCCGCUGCCCCAUGGACGUGGAAACGAAUGCGAAUCCGCUGCGUUCAGGAGCCGGAAAGUUGCCUUAUCUUCAGAUUGGCAAUGACAAAUUUGUGGGCUACAGUCAAAUAAAGCGCGUGCUGGAUCUUGAGGGUUACCCGAUUGAUGCGCACUUAAACACCAAACAAAAGCAUUUGUCCGCCACAUAUGCCAACUGGGUUUUCACCAAUCUGCAUGCCUACUACCACUACUUCCUGUAUGGAGAGCCGUUCAACUUUGACAAAACCACCCGUGGGCUAUAUGCCAAGCGCACGCCAUUCCCAUUCAACUUUUACUAUCCCUCCACGUACCAGCGCGAGGCAUGCGAUGUGGUCCAGGUUAUGGCCAGCUUCGAUGUGAACGAUAAGCUGGACAAGCACGAAUCGGACUAUCUGGUUUUAAAUGCCAAAAAGUGUGUUAACCUGCUCUCCCGGAAGCUGGGCCGCAAGGUGUGGUUCUUCGGCGACACCUACAGCGAAUUCGACGCGAUUGUGUACAGCUAUUUGGCCAUAAUCUUUAAGAUAACACUGCCCAACAACCCACUGCAGAAUCACAUCAAAGGGAGUCAGAAUCUAGUGAAUUUCAUCAACCGCAUCACCAAAGACAUCUUCCGCAACGAGGGCUUCAGCUCCAUUAAACCCACAAAGACCGCAAACGGCACAGAUGUAAAUGUGACGCAUUCGGAGCAUAAAUUUCUCGAGUCUGAGUGCAGUACGAAAAUCAUAGCCGGCGUCGGAGCCCUGUUGGCCAUGGGCGCGUUUGCAGCAUGGCGCGGUAUUUACAACCAGUUUUGGGCCAGCUUUUUUAUUUGGCUUCAGAAAUUCUACAAAUCUUAAAAUAAUUAGUGCAUGCAAAAUUAUCAGUUCCAUUUCAAAAUUUGAUUUGCUUUUUACCCCCAUUGCAGCUGACAACGCGCUCCUCAACAGAUUACGAUGGCAUAGACUACGACGAUGAUGAUGCGGAGGAGGGCCUAGAUUAAUAAUGCAGCUCUCUAUAUUGAUAUAUGUACAUAUAUCCAUAGAGUAUAUAUUUAUAAAGUGUAUAAAGGGGAGGAAGCACAAACAAAAAUGUCCAACAUCAAGUGAAUAUAUAUAAGUAAACUACUAUAUAUAUAUAUACCAAUACCUAUGUAUGUGUGAAUGUUCGAAUUCGUUUUUAAAUUGUCUGUGUAAUAUAGCAUUUUGAAGUCA